AUGGGCAAUCGGUACCGCUUCUUCCAGGGAAGCGGUUGGCUUGGGAUUUGGGAUACAGCUGUCAUUGGACACGCAAGAUGGACCCAGGAGUGUGGUGAGGUGGCGAAAAACGACAAGAUUGAUCGCCGAAUCAGAAGGCGAAUCAUUACUGCUUUUCUGUCAGUCCAGCCUGUAUUCUAUACCUGCCACCCCACCACCAUAUCAUCCUAUAACGGCCUAUUCUAUCUCCCUACUCUCACUCACACGAGGGGUGGUAAAAGUUUGUCUAUAGGUCCUACCAGAGUGUGA